AUGGCCAAGAAGAAAUUAAACGCCCCAACGAAGUCUGCUGCGAAGGCCGCAAAGAAAGCAAAGGCGGCACAGAAAGUAGAGAAGAAGGAGAAGAAGAAACAGGGAAAGUCGAAGGAGGAGGCGGAGGACAGUGAUCAGGAUUUGGAGAGCAUAUUGGACAAGAUUGCGCGCUUGAUAGAGCAUAGAACGCCGUCGUCCGCUGAAGCUGUAAGCGGUCUCGCCGUCCAGCUGGCCCGUCUGCGAUACGAGCGACGGAGGGGGGUUGCUGGGACUUGCGGUGUGCAUGGCAGGUGGCUUGUGGGAGAUGUCGAGCGUGAUGGGGAACAAGCCCAGGUGGUCACGAGCCUAGGAAGACGAUCGCGUCAUGCCUUGGAAGCUGUCGCCUCGGACUGGGCGCCUGAUAGCGCAGAGAGCGAUGGAAGCCAUUGGAAGGUGCUCUCGGUAAGUUCGGUUGGGCGUACGCGCGAGGGUGGUCUCUGA